AGCACUGGGGAUUAUUCUGCAUCCAGAUCUUACAGAAAUGCAGGCAUGAAGCGGGCUGAAUGUUGUGGAGUCUUAGUUGGAACCCAGGUCAGCUAUGGAGUGCAGCAGGAGAGAUGCUGACCUGGGGCUCACUGCUGAGAAACUACCAUCUCCACAAAGAAGCUGUGCAUAAUGCUGAGUCCUGUUGUCCCCUACAGUCUAUUGAAGAUGCACUGGACCCCGGAGCAUGCCCAGUCUGUCAGACAGUGGCCUGAGCAGCACUUGGACGUUUCCUCCACUACCUCUUCCCCGGCUCACAAGCCCGAUCUUUAUGCUGGCCGGAACCGCAGCUACAGCUAUGCUUGGGCCAACGAGGACAUUUCCGCCCUCACCGCCUCCAGCCUGCUGAAGCGCUAUGCAGAGAAGUACUCCAGCACUCUCGACUCACCCUACGAUCGCCCCACUGUGGGCACCUACCCUGAGCCCGCAGCCUUCAGUGCUCUCAAUGGGCAGAAGAGUGAGCUGGACCCAUGGCCCCUGUCGCAUUGCACCGAGGGGGCGUACCCACUGGUCCCGCCCUCUGGGCAUGAGGGCCUGGCAGGGGCCAAGGUGGUGGGCACGGCAGCAGGCGUGUUGGGCACAGGUGGUGUGUCAGUAGUGAAUAAUUCCCUCUCAGACCCAGGGUAUUCAGCAGGAAAUUCAUGCAGUGCCCCCCCCUCCCAUGAUUACCCCCCAGCCUACAAUGGCACCUACCUCUCAUCUGGGUACUGUCCCCAGCCCAGCUCAGCACUUCCCCCCUCCUCCCUGCACCCCCUGCAGCCCGCCACCACCCUGGUGCCCAGCUACACGCCCCCCGGCCCGGUUUACAACUACCCUCCCAGCAAUUACUCUCACCAGCCCAGCCUGGCUCCGAGCUACACCCACCCCUCCGCUCCUUACCUUCCUUCUGGCCUGGCUGCCCCUACCCCCCUGCCCUCACGACCCACAGUGGUGGGAGGCAGCUACGGCUACCAAAAUCAGAACCUUGGGGGUACGGAGCGAGGGGGAUCACUGAAGAGAAAGGCCUUUGAGAUGACAGGUGAGGAGGAAGAGGGGGACAGCUCCCGCUACAGGAAGUAUGGAUACGAUCAUUCCAAGGUUGGCAUGGGCUCGCCCUACGGCAUGGGCAACAAAGAGGAGUGCCACAGCAAUGGAUUUGGGACGGGCCGCGCUGGCUCACAGGCCUUCAAACGCAGCAAGCCCCCCUCUCAGUCUGGCCUGGGGCGGGAUGAGCUGGGGAAGUACAGUGGGCUGAAGCCUCUGGUGUCCCCCCCCUAUGGCGGGGCGAGUGAGUACAGCCCCCCCGCCAGGAUGACGGGUGAGAAUGGAGGAGGAGAGCACAGUUACCCACAGCACCACUUGGGCCCCAAGCUCCCCGCCCCCUGUGCCCAGUCAGGUGAGCUACUGAAGAGCGCUGACCCCCGACUGCUGGAGCUGGUCACCGGAGAGCUGCAGGACCGCAACCCUGCUCCGCUAUGGGGUGAGCUGCUCGGACAAACCCAGGUGAAGUCUGCCCUAGAAGAAGACUUGUUGUGGCCCAUGCUGAGGCCCGGGCCAGCCCGCCACCCCCCCAGAACCAUCUUGCUGUUCGGGCCACAGGGCGGGGGCAAGACCUCUCUGUCCCGGUGCGUGGCCUCCCAGCUGGGCGCCACUUUCUUCCGGCUGAGCAGCACCGCCCUGACCUCUAAAUGGAAGGCGGAGGCAGAGAAGAUUCUGCACACACUGUUCCUGGUGGCAGGGGCGCGGGCACCCUGUGUGGUGCUGAUCAGCCAGCUGGAGGCGCUGCAGGAGGAGGGGCUGCGGCAGCAGCUGUGGUCUUACCUGGAGACAGCCCAGGGGGGUGUGGCCGGGCCCGUGGUGGUGGUGUGCACCACGCGCCGGCCUGACCUGCUGGAGGAGGCAGCACACCGCUGCUUUACCAAGCGCUACUACGUGGGGUUGCCAGACGCAGGGGCACGCAGGCAGGCACUCCUACAGGCACUGGCCCCACACGGCUGCUGCCUGAGUGAGUGCGAGAUGGGCGCUGUGCUUCAGCGCACCGAGGGCUUCUCCGUCCCCGAGCUCCUGCAGCUCUGCCAGCAGGCCUCCGCCUCCGCCUCUGCCUCCUCCCCUGCCCCCAUGCAUGGCCUGCCCAACCCCACCACACCCCCCACCUUCAAGGACUUUGAGAACGCCUUUUGCAAAGUGAGGCCACACGCCACAGCCAAGGAACUUGACACCUGCAUGGAGUGGAGCAAGGUGCACAGCCAAUGA